GAACACAACCGACACGAUCGAACACAGCCGACACAACCCCUCACCGAUUUAUCCGAUUGUGCAACCGCUGCAAGGGACACAUUUUUUUCGGAGAAAAUAAAUGUGCGAGUACAAAGACAACAUGCCAUGCCACAAGGUGAAUAUGUCCCCGAUAAGAACCCUUCUCAUUCCUCGUCUUCUUCUCCACUCAAGCCAAUUGACCGAGGUUUCUUCCCGAGAACUGAGACCCAAAAAUACAGUUUAUAAAAAAAUUCCUGCACGCAUCAAGCACUCGCAUUCAUUCAUUUUUUUUUUUAGCGCGUCUCCCUCACCCAAUUCCCUUGCAUUGGUCCAGACUAUUUCUCCUUUGAGCCUACAGCGCUGCAUGUCGUUGCAUGCCAAUGUAUUUUUUUUUUUUUGGUCGUCUUUGAUUAUUAUUAAUCGGCUUGAUCAGUGUACACGAACAACGAAUGCUGCGCUAUUGAACACAUGUCUGAGGGCCCACGAGUUUAGGGCCCAGGUCAACCUAGCUCUACUUUCGUUUUCCAUUUUACAACCAGGGCAUAUAUCACAGUGCUGUGCCCGCAUCAAACUCCACAACCGUAGUACUGACGCGUCGGGUACCCUCCAGGACUGUUGGUCCAAUCGCUUCCACACCCUCGGCCAUGAUAAGCGCCUCCUCCGCCAAUCGGACAUCUUCGCCCUGCCACUGGAUCUCAACCCCGACCUCACCCACACCUUCCCACCGUUUCUCCAGCACAUACUCGCCACCCUCGUUCUCGACCACAGGAUUGUGUCCCAACAGAACCUUGACAUGUCCGCCAGUGCGUCCCACCUUACCCUCUCUCCAGAACACAAAUCCUGCCACCACAUCCUCCCACUUGGCGAUCUGAUUGUUCUCCAACGACAAGAAUUCAAUACAUGGCAAGUGCUGGACACCUUCCAAUUGCUUGAUCAGGUUGUUGGACAGGAUCACUUGGCGCACAUUAAUUAAGUUGCGGAGGAAACGAGUCGACGUAAUCGCAUUCGAGUCCAGGUUCAGCGUAUGUAGGUGCAUCAAAUAGGAUGAGAUCGGGAUAUGUGUUAAUCCACGCAUCGACAAAUCUAGAUCUCGCGACUGUUCGUCCGCAAACUCAAUUUCGGGGAAGCGUUUCGAGUCCUUGAUGAUAUGCAAUGUCUCGCGGUCAAAGACCAGCUGUGUACCUGCAGUAGAGCAAUAGUAAUGGCAACAAUAAAAGGCCUUU